UUCUUCUCGUCGUUCGCUUUCUUUGAUGACUUGAUCAAAGUCCAUAAGUUACUAUAAACAUGGAAUCGCAAGAUUUUCGUGAUUUUGGAAAAUUCAUGAUCGAUUAUGUAGCUGAUUACAAUGAAAGUUUGCGUGAACGUGAAGUACUUCCGAAUGUUCAACCUGGUUAUUUACUUAAUUUACUGCCGAAACAAGCUCCUGAAGUUCCAGAAUCUUGGAAAGAUCUCGUUGCAGACAUUGAAAAUAAGAUAAUGCCUGGGAUUACUCAUUGGAAUUCCCCGCACUUUCAUGCCUAUUACCCUACCGCAAAUUCAUAUCCAGCUAUCGUUGGAGAAAUAUUAAGUGCCGGGAUUGGAUGUAUCGGAUUUUCCUGGAUAGCUUCACCUGCUUGCACGGAGCUAGAAAUGAUUACUAUGGAUUGGUUGGGACAAUUGCUUGGUCUUCCAAAAAAGUUUCUUAACUCCGAUGAAGGUCCUGGUGGUGGUGUUUUACAGGGAUCUGCGAGUGAAGCAACACUUGUGGGCUUACUAGCAUCAAGAGAAAUAACCGUCAGUCGCAUUAAAGAGCAUUCUGAACUGGAUGAAGGAACUAUUAGAUCCAAAUUGGUCGCUUACACAUCAGAUCAAUCGAAUUCAAGUGUAGAAAAAAGUGGACGACUUGGAUCGAUGUUAAUGCGACUCUUGCCAACCGAUGACAAUUGUAGUUUAAGAGGAGAAACUCUUUUGAAAUUCAUAAAGAAAGAUAUUGAGGACGGUCUAAUACCAUGUUUUGUCGUGGCAACUCUAGGUACUACUCCGACGUGCGCUUUCGAUAAUUUAGAUGAGAUCGGUCCGAUUUGCAAAGAAUAUAAUAUCUGGUUACACAUCGAUGCAGCUUAUGCAGGAGCGGCAUUCGUUUGUCCUGAGUAUCGUUAUCUAAUGAGUGGCGUUCAGUAUGCCGAUUCAUUCAAUUUCAAUCCUCACAAAUGGUUACUGGUUAACUUUGACUGUUCAGCUUUAUGGGUCAAGGAUGCUAGACACUUGACUGAAGCAUUCAAUGUCGAAAGAAUAUAUUUAGCGGACAAUAAGAAAGGAACAGUACCUGAUUUCAGGCACUGGCAAAUACCAUUAGGCAGGCGUUUCCGAGCUUUGAAGUUAUGGUUUGUUUUGAGACUAUAUGGCGCUGAAGGUCUAAGGACAUACAUAAGAAGAACUAUUGAAUUAGCAAAUAAUUUCCGAAAAUUCAUCGAAGAGGAUGAAAGAUUUGAAAUCGCCGUGGAGUCUAAAAUGGGUUUGGUUUGCUUUAGAUUGAAGGGUGAAAAUACUUUAACUGAAAAACUUCUUGGAAAAUUGAUGGCAAGAAGAAAAAUAUACGUGAUUCCUGGUGCAUACAAAGACAAAUUUUUAAUUCGGUUUGUCGUAUGCAGUCGUUAUACGAUUCAAGACGAUAUAGAUUUCGCAUGGAAUGAAAUCAGUACUCAAGCUUCUGAUAUUGUAAAAAGUAUCAAUCAUCAAAACGGUGAAACAAUAUCAAUCCCGAAAUUGCUACAGAAACCUGGAGAAAUGACGAAAAAAAUUAAAAUUUUAGAAAUGGAUAACGACAAACAAAAUUCGACCUUCGCGAUAGAAUAAGCGAUAACAUAAUACUAAUUAAUAAAGAUCAUACAUCUCCUUUUUUGAAAAAAUCAAUCAAAAUAUUUUAGAUUAUGUGUGACCAUGAACAUUUUAAAAUUUGUUAAAAACUCAUUUUCGUACAGAAUAUC